AUGAGACAACUUGUUGUGGAUGUACAAGGAUUUAAAUUGGAAAACAAUAAAUUUCUGGUAAAAGAAUUUGCUGCUUUCGAUGGCAUUCACAUAUGUCAUUAUGUAUUCAAACCACCAUUUCCUCUAAGAUUACUGUCUCCUAAUCUGCACCGUCAAGCAAUCUGGUUAAUGAAUAAUUACCAUUAUAUUGAUUGGAAUGUUGGCUCCACUCCAGUACACCAAUUUGGUAAUAUCCUAAAAUUUUUAUCAGAAAAAACUGAUAUGAUUUAUGUUAAGGGAAUAGAAAAAGCAAAUUACAUAAAAAAAUAUUCCCAAGUACCAGUUUACGAGUUUGAUGAACAACCAGCACUUCAACCAAUGGAAUCCAAAUGUUUCUAUCAUACUAAAAAUAAUGGCGUUUGUGCCAUAUCAAAUGUUUUUUUUUUAUACAAUAAUUUUAUGAUGUAA